UGGCCGCGCCGCGCGUCGUUCGUACGUACGCGGUCGUUAAAAAUCCCGUUAAAACUUAUGUCUAUAAAGUUUGGUGUCGUGUUAUUUUCGUCUAAUCAAAUACCUGAAUCUUCCAAAGCCGAAGCGGAAUUAAAACUAACUGGUGCACUUGAGAAUGAGAUAGAGAAAUAUCUUGAAAUAUCUAUUGGAUAAUUUGAAAAAAUGUCUUCAGCGGCUGAAAACGGAAUUGUCGCAGACGAUACAAGAGGUACGACAUACUACUUCAACAAUGCCCGAUCAAGCGCAACAAUAUGGCAAAGACUGAGCUUAUUUUUCUCCAUCUACUGGAAAUCUAUCAUAGUGGUGCUGACACCAAUAGUUCUACUUCCAAUACCUAUUGUAAACUCAUCUGCCCCAAAUGCUAGUGCCUACAAAUGUAUGUAUGUUGUACUUAUAAUGGCUACCUACUGGGUAUUGGAACUACUCCCUCUACCUGUAACGUCCAUGCUACCUAUAGUCCUGUUCCCAACCCUGGGCAUCCUGGACUCCGACACAACAUGUGCUGCAUAUAUGAAAGAAACCAACAUGAUGUUCAUGGGUGGACUUAUGAUAGCGGCUGGCGUGCAGCAUUCAAAGCUGCCCAAACGUGUAGCUUUGUGGACCGUGCAAGUUGUUGGAUGCUCGCAUAGACGGUUAAAUCUUGGCCUCACAUUCGUGACGAUGUUUAUAUCGAUGUGGGUGUCGAACGCGGCCGCCACCACGAUGAUGGUGCCGAUUGUGGAUGCCAUUCUGGAAGUGUUUGAACAGCAAGGACUUGGCGACGUUUACGUUAACAAGAAACGGGCUCUCCCUGAAAAUGGCAAAGACGUUAAAGCUCAGGAUAAAAAUGUAGAAGAAGAAGCGCCGAUGCCAAGUGACAUAACGACCUGCUACUAUUUGAGUAUAGCUUAUGCGUCCACCCUGGGAGGUUGCGGUACUCUGGUCGGUACUGCUACCAAUUCUGCGUUCAAGGGCAUCUUCGAUUCGGAAUUCCCCGAAGUGUCUGGUUCUGUGGAUUUCUUCUGGUUUAUGGCGUACAGUACACCUCCCAUGCUGCUCAUGCAAAUCCUGGUGUGGGUGUCUCUACAGGUCACUUACAUGGGUCUCUUUAGACCCAACAGCGAAGCGGCAAAGCGUGUGAACAAGGCUUCCUCUGGUUCCUAUAACACAAUGAAGAUCAUCAAGGAGCAGUACAAGGGACUUGGACCAGUUACUUUCCAUGAAAAGGCUUCCGGGCUGCUUUUCAUCUUGGCCGUAUUCCUGUACAUCUUCAGGAAGCCCGGGUUCAUGAACGGGUGGGCUGAUGUCAUCACUACCAUGAAAGUAAAGGAUGGCGUGGUGUCCAUUUUCAUCGUAAUCCUUAUGUUCAUUCUCCCGAUGUCCAUGGACUUUGUCAAGUUCUUCUGGUCGUCCGCCUCAUAUGAAGAACUGGCCAAUUCGAAGCCGUCUGCUAGCGUAGUCACGUGGAAUAUUCUGAAGGAGAAAAUCCCAUGGGGUCUGAUGUUCCUACUGGGCGGUGGCUUCGCACUGGCGGAAGGUAGCAAGGCGACAAAGCUCUCCUCGAUGAUCGGCUCGUCGCUCAACGGGCUCAACGGGCUGCCGCCGUCUCUGGUGCUGCUGGUGGUGGUGCUGGUGACGCAGUUCAUCACGGAGUUCACCUCCAACGUCGCCAUCGCAAACCUCAUCCUGCCCGUGCUGGCCAAUAUGGCUCGCGCCCUCCAUAUGGAUCCCCGCUACCUGAUGAUCCCGGCAGCCCUGGCCUGCUCAAUGGCAUUCCACAUGCCCGUCGGAACUCCGCCCAACGCGAUCGUCGCUGGUGUCGCCCACAUACCCACAUCCAAAAUGGCGAUCGGGGGGAUCGGCCCAAAAAUAAUAACCACCCUUAUCGUAUGGGGCGCGUACCCCACGUGGGGUUCUCUCAUCUUUAAGCCGGAAGACAUUGCGGCCUUGGACAACUCCGGCUCAACGUCCAAUCACAACAAAAUGAUCCUAAACUGCGACGUGCAACCGAACAACCUGGACUCCAAGACGCCGUUUGCCUGCAUUUCGCCCGUAACGAAAAUCGCCAAUCAGACCCUAGCUUUGCAAGUCAGUAAAGGGUCGUUCACUUGUAAUUAUUUCCCUAAGAGCUAGAUGAUUUUUUAUAGGGUAUUUGAUUGUUCCUCAAGUCACUUAUGAACUGUAAACUCGAAAUAUGCAACGUGUAAAUGAAAACCGAAAUAUUACGUCUCUGAGGCUUAUUUGUGGAACCGAAACUUUAAUAGUUUUUUAGCCAUGGAAAGCCACUGCCAUAGUUAAAAUAAAGUGUCACUUAUUUAAUCUAUUAUAAAGGUACGCGUUCCGUAGCGUUGGUACUAUGCGCGUGUUGGUCUUUCAUUUUCAAAAGAGUUCUCAUUAGUGAACACUUCAAAUGUUUUGAACUAGUUCGUAUGGAAAAAUUAAUAUACUUCUUUUGAUUUAAAUUUUUUAAAUAUACUUAUGCAACCUUCAACAAUAUUUCUUUAUUCGGUUACACGUUGUAUAGAGUUACAAAAAUAAUCGUUGAUAUAAAAAACUCUUGAUUUAAAUCUAUUCCAAAGUGUAUGAGCGUCAUUUCUGUUGAUAUUAUUAUAGUAAGAUGUAGAUGUGCGUAUGUUACAAGAAUACAGCUCAAACAUAUGUAUUGGGUGUUUUAUAAAACACCCCAUAGACUUAGUACCGAGUAUAAGGUACUAAGUCUGCCAUGCACAAAACAUAAAAUUAUUCAUAAAAUAUUAAUUAAUAAAUGAAUAAAUAUUUUCAUGUUUUCGAAUAAUGCUUACUUAGUACACCCAUUUAAAACUGAUUUUCCAACUGUUUGCAAAACUUAUGAUACUUGCGUAUACUCAUGAAUGUACAAGAAAAUCACGACACUUUAUUUUACGAUAUUUAUUAAGUUAUUUUAUAUCAACGAAUUUUAUAUUUUUUUUAAGUGUGCGAAAAGAUUGUCAAAUACGCUAGUUAAAUUUUGAAUAGAGAAUGAAUGGAAUGACUGGAAGCGAUGCCAUCGCUUGGUGGGUCCAAUACAAAGUGUUGCCAAUACACAAAAAAAAAGUAUUUACUGUAUUACCAUAGUGCUAAAGAUUUUCUUUUGUUUUGGUAGAAUUUUAAUAGUAAAUAUAUUUACCUGACUUCCAGAUUAACGGGAGGGGAUCUAAAUCAAUAAUUUAUCAUAGACAUAUAUAUAAUCUGUUUUAAAAGUUUGUUUCAUAGAGAAGAAUAGUUAUAUAUGUAUUUGAUAUAAACACCAAAAGUAUUUUACCUUUACCACAGAAAGUCCAAUGUUGGAUAUAAACCUUUUGUAAGAACUUCCUAAACAUGGAACGGUUCUGGAGCUAUUGCGCCCAGAGACUCCAAGGAAUGCGUUUUAUGUAAAACAUGUUUUAGAGCCAAAACGUAACAUUUCAAAAAGUUUAUUUAGAUGUAGUUUUUUAAAAACCAAACAAUGGAAAUAUCUCAGCACUUUAGCAUUUGCUGUGUUCAAAUGAAACAAAAAAAAGCAUUUACAAUAUUUUUGUAGUACUUUUUAUAUCAACGCACUAAAAAAACCCAGUUCUUGCUGGUGUACUUGUGACACAUUAUACCAACAUUACCAAAAUAUAUACAUUUAUAUAUCCGGAGUGACCUUAUGAUGCGGGUGCGGAUUUUUAGAUUUUAGAUAAUAUUAAUGUUUAGUGUAUUUAAAAUAAUAUUGGCCAUGCUUAUUUUGGUGGUCUUUAGAGUGGCUUGGAUUUAUCUGCGUAUGCUUUUUUUUAUAAAAUUAUCUAAAAUCAAUAAAUAUGGACGAAUUUGAACGUUAAUACAAAGAAAUAAGGUUCAAUUCUAUUAAAGGAGUGUGAAAUCUAUGGUAUUGCCCGAAUAUUUGAAAAAAAAAUAUUGAACACUAUCCAAACUUUAAUUUUUAAAUGUUAAGGGCAUUUGCAUUCGUAAAUGCACACUAAGUUAGUGGAUAUAUUGCAUCCAAUGACUUAUGCCCGUUUUACUAUAAUUAAUCUAUCCGUAAUCUAAAUGUAUUGCCACGCAACGCUGUUAUUGUAAUAAAAUAUCCAUACAAUUUUUAACAAAUUAGAACUUUGCUAAGCAACUUAUAUAAACAGAUUAUAGACAGAUGGUGUAUAGAAAACGGACGUUAAACAACGUCUGACUGGCAGAUCAGCAGAAUCAAAAUUUAAAGUGAUGGAUACAAGUUCAUUUUCAGAAAAAAAUGCCGUUUUUGGAAGCGAUAAAAAUAUAGCCGGCACUUUCUGUACAGUUCUGUUAAUACACAAAGUUGCAUUUUCAUAAUAAUUAUUUUUCAAGCUUAUAUACUAUUAAAAGUUGGUUAACAAAAGCUUUGUACUAAUUCUAAACACGUUAGUAAACUAUAUCAUUCCUAUGUUUGUUUGUAUUUACAUACUUAAUGCGUUAUUUGAAUACUUGUAAUAUUGAGUUGAAAUAUUCACAUACAUCACCAGUGCCAAUGAUUGGAAAGGUCGAAAAGUAGCUUCAGCCAAAUUAAAAAAAAGCGGAAACAAAAAAUCGUAUAUAAUAUCAUAUUUAUUAUCUGUAUAUUUAUAGUAUCUGUUAUUUUUUAAAAGCUACUCAUAACUAAAGUGUACCAAAAUAAAUGUCGCCAUAGAGUAAAUUAUUUUUUAAUAAUGUAUUUUAUAUUAUAAAAUUAAGUAUGUUCCUAGUUCCCAUUAUAUAAUGCAGUUGGGUUAUAAAAUAUCAACAACCUCUUAAUGAAAUCAAUCAUUGGUAUAUUUCGAACUGUUUUUGCAUAGGAAAAAAAAUUACGGCCUACUAAAUUUUCAGAGGAUUUUAUGUAUUCGGGAUUUAGAGUACCAAAUAUUCAGACAAUACAAAAUUAUAAAACUUAAUAUAGGAUAUUUUUGCCUAUAUGAAACCAUCAAAAAGUUGUUUGUCAAAAAUUACUAGUAAACUGCGAGUUUGAUAACUAUAACUAACUUACAGAUAAGAGCUUGUCAGUAUUUUUAAAUUACUCUGUAUAUUUAAUGUUACGAUAUUUAGCAGAUCUGACGUGUUUUAUAAAUCAGAAUUAAUAUUUUACAAUGUGAUAAUUAUAAUAUUACUAUAAUAUGUAAUUUGGAGGCGUUGUCAGUAAUUGACAAAUUGGUAUGUGGUUAAAAUUUUAUAGUAAUUUUUCAUAUAUAUCAGAAACUACGGCUAACACAAAUAUACAAAAAAAAAAAUGUAAAAAAGUCACAUUUUUGUGGCCUAGACGUAAGUCAACACAGGAAAAAGUUAUAAAGUACUGUUAUUGUUUCACAUCCAUUCUACUAAUUUCGCAAUAACGUUUUGGAGGUAUAUCUUCAGAUAACUCAGAAGUAUUUAAGUAGGUGCCUCGAAAAAGCAUUUUUAUUUUACCACCUGGGUGCCACGAUCACGCGCCAUCUGAAAAAAAUACUUAAGCUUCCAAUUUUUUAUUGCCAUCAUAAAAAACAUUAAAGAUGGUAGAAAAUUUUGGCGAUGGUAGAAAAUUUUGGCGAUAGUAGAAAAUUUUGGCGAUAGUAGAAAAUUAAUAUUUUAUGCUAUGGGAAAGCGGCGAAUUUAAGCAAUUAGAUAACUUGCUUUAACGGUUAAGGAAAACAUCGCGAGGAAACCUGCAUGGGUUCUGCAUAAUGUUCCCAAAGGCGUGUAAAGAAGAUUUUGAUAUGGUAAAGAAUGAAAUAUCUCGCUAUCUAUCUCGUACGUCAUUCAAAGUAAGGCGUGAAGUUAACGUAAAUCGUUAGCAUUCCUUUUCAGUCAACAAAAUUUAGUUUUCGAGCGGUUAUAUGAAAAUUGAUAUUUUUCACUAAAACUCCGGUCUUUAAAUUUAAUAAAGUUUUACCUGCUACAAUAUAAACUGUAAAUUAGAUACACCAGAAAAUACAAGAUUCGUUAUUUUUAAUAAAAGGACCGUUUUUAAACUUAAUAAAUUAUUUAUAUGUUAGAUUAAUUGGCGCAUUAUUUUUAUAUAAAAUAAAUUAAACUACGUAUUUUUGUGUGUUGUGGUAUUGGAAUAAGUAUGAUAAACAUUGUGCAUUUUAUUUUUAAUUCUAUACAAAAAUAGAUAGUAUAAUUCGACAAUGUUAUAUUUUUACUAUUUUACAAAUGAAGGCUUGUAAUUAAUACUAUAAAUUUUAAAAAGGGCUAGACGAAUAGGGAGGCUAAUUAGCCAAGUUGUCGUACCGCUUUAUCUACCACUUUUUGUAUAAAAUUGCUUACAAGUUGUCAUUUUAAUUCUCGUAUAUUUAAUCCCAGCAAAUUUACCUACCAUUUACAUUUAUGUAGCAAAUAAGUAUUUUUUAUCGUACUUUUAUAAUAUUUAUACAAGAUUAUUGUAAUUCUCAUUGAAAUAACUGAAUGAUGUUUUGAAAAAAAUAAACUAAAACAAUGCAUUUUUGUGUCUAUAAAUAAGAUAUUUAGACCUUCGAUGCGUCUGAAAGUUGUACUCAUCAUCGUCAUCAUAUCAAGAUAGACGUCCACUGCUGGACGUAGGUCUUUUGUAGGGAGUUCCAAAAUCCACGGUUCUGUGCCGUUUGGAUCCAGCGGCUACCUGCGGGCGCUUGAUGUCGUC